GUUACGCUUCUUCAAUAUCUCCUCAUACUGCCCAUAUGGCUUCCAGAUAUUAUGAUCAAGAGCAUGGGAGAUACCCGCGCACCGACGAGCUGUGGCUGGAAGCCCCAAGCAACCUCUUUCGAGACGAUCGUAUCGAUGAUAGUCCUGCAGUGUUUGAGCCUGUACUGUCGUUACCGGGGCACAAUGGCGAUGGUGCAUUCAACGUCACACAGGCGUCGCCUGGACACCUCUCUCCGACGGCAGAGUCCUCUCGGUACUCAUUGAAUUCAUCGUUGCUUGAUUCUCUCGCGGCGCGCUCCCCUGGCAGCAGCGAACCCGUACUUGUGUCACGCGAUUCUGCUGCGUCGGGCUCGCUCACGUCAUGGCAAGACGUGGGUACGUUGGCUAUGGCGCCCCGGCGUCAAAGCCAAAGCCAACCCUCGGCGGAGCCGCAUGAUGAGGUGUGGCAAUGGUCUGUCAACUCCUCUUCUCGCCUUGGAAAUGAGACCGACUGGGUGUCUCCUUCAUUUCCCUCUUCAUUCACCUUCCUGUCUGGUUCCGAUUCGCAGCCGUCGGGGACAGAUACUUUGGAAAUGAGUAUCGAUUCCGAACAUUGGCGACGUGUCCGCGCGCGUUCUCGAAACAUCUCAACCUCUACGUUAUCGCGUGCAGAAGCCGAGGCGUAUCUCGCACGUCGGAAACAGAUGGAAGGCGUCGAGCCGUUGAAGGAAACGUUUUGGGAGGCUUUGCUUCGAACUCUGCUGAUGCUCGACGGAGCAACAUUACGGUUGCUAAAGGGAGAGGAGGGUGGCUCCUUAUUCUUCGACGGGAAAGAAGCACCGCUCCUUGUGGAACGUGUCUCAGUCGAUGAGGUGACCAAGCAACGGUCGGAGCGUGCACUCACGACAUUCCUCUCUCAUGUGGCCGCUUCUCUAUCAUCAUCUACCGCCUUGAAACGUGGUCUAUCCAUUCUCCCCGUGCGUCAAGCUCCCCCUGUAUCAGUGGCCACCACUCCAAAAGCAUCCCCUGAUGACAUCAAGCCGGCGACUAGCUGGAUGGCGUCUACUGCCGGAGCA